AGGGGAGACAAUCCCUGCUUUGUAAAUGCAGAACAGUUAAGAAAUAGAGAAUUUUGUGGAUCGUAGACAAAAAAAAUUAAACAAACAUAGUAUUGAAUGGGUAGUUGUACAUGUAACCUGUUAAACACAGGACUAAUAAAUGUUCGGGUUUCUAUUUAACCAGAGUAUAAUAUCUGUGUUGGAUGGGUUUGGGCAGGAGAGUGAACACGCUGGAGGCAGUUAUAAGGCAGAGCAACCAGGUUUCCCACAUUCCUGUAAGAAGUAAGUGGAUCGUUCCUGCCUGCAGGCAGCCUGGUAGAAGAUUCCUCAGAGGACUGCGACCAUCGACAGCAGAAUCAUGUUUCAAAGCACAACCAAGAAAAUUGUGAAAGAGAUUGACCCCUAUGGCUCCACACUGAUCCCUUUGGCAAGCCCAUAUCAUUCUCAACACUGCAAGCCUCUUCAUCUCCUCAUCAAAAAGAAGAAAUCUUUAUUUUCCAGACAAGACAGAUAUGUUCCAACAUCCUUCAAACUGACUGACAUACUGAUGGACGGCCAAGAUUUAGAUUUUGGAUUGAGCAGCUCAAGCUUUGCCUGCUACUCUGAGGAGUUUAGCAGCUCUGCCAGUGGGGAAGUCAAUGUGGAUGCUGGUAACAUUGAAUCAGGAGCGCAUGCAUCGGGAAGUGCAUCAAGAUCCAUGUCUGCUGUGGAAAUGAAGAAACAAAUAAUAUCUGAAAACAUAUUACUGGAUGUUAUUGGAAACAGGAAGGUGAACAGAGAACACAACUUUAUGAAGCAACUGAUGGACAAUAUUGUUUAUAUAGUAUCAGGCGUGAUAGAGACAGAAAAACCAUGUACUGUAAAUAGGACAUCUAAGGCAGAAUCAGGAGUAAAAAUACUAACGAAGCUUCUGAAGGUUGAAAGUGGACUCAGUGCAAGUAGGGAGAAGAAGUUAACCUUUCCGGCUGGAACAACAAUUGCGUACAAGGUCUCUGAACUAAUGAUUACUUUGAAUGACACCCUGGAAUUAAAUUUCGGUGUGAUGCUGCGCAAUGCACUGUCUGGACUUUUUCACAACCAGAAAGAGACAAUUGCUGCUUCAAUUGGUGAGCUGAAGAAACUGUCUGCAGACAAGAGGCUGCUGCUCCUCAAUGUGAUCCUUGAAAAUCUUUGCAACAACGAAAACCUUCCAGUUCUUGAUGAAAUGCUUGACCAGAUGUGUGAAGGUCUGCAACCUGACCUCCAAGUGCUGGAUCUGCUGGAGGAAAGUAGCAGAGUGUGUGUGGAGAAGAUGCUGGACCUGUUGGGAAUUAAGAAGGCUGAUCCACCAGGGCAGCCCCUCACCUUGACUCAGGAUCAGGAAAGGAUCAUCGAGGCAGUAAACAUUCUCAUCCAGUCACUCAAUGAAAUGGAACCUGAAAAUUUCGUCCUGUUGGCAACCAGUGUUAAGGCAAAGAUCAUCCCCAAACAGCUAGAGCUGGCGAAAAUAAUUGAUGACAAAUGGUCCCAGGGGCCUAGAUUGCAAAUUCAGCAGACGUGUGAUAUGGAGGAUCCUGAGAAGACUCUGAUCGCUCAGCUGACAGACGAGGAGUUUGAAAUAACCCAGCAGAUGUUGGAAGAAUCUGGAUUUCAAAUGAAUAGAGAAAACUCUUCAGUUUCACGCGUUGAGGGCCGUGAACACCGAGACGUACUUCCUCUCUUCACUACUCUGUGUGCUCUCAGUGCUUUAUCUGCCUGAACAAUUGUGACAAGAUGCACACCCAUUGUUCAUGGUCCUUUCCCUCUGGAGCAUGUACCCUCUUCCUUUCAGUUUACUGUGACCUUGACAGGAACAUUCUCCCAAGGUCUCUCUUUGGGUAUUGGAAAUACAGUAAAACUCCGUUAAUCCAGCACUCUCGGGAGUCUGGUGAUGCUGGACUAACAGACUUUCUGGAUUAUCGGAAGUUAUUCUAUUAAUAUUCCACCACUUUUAAUCCAUUUUUAAAAAUGAUGUUAUACAAUAAGGUUUCAGUGAACUUGAUAAGUUUCAAGGGAGCGCAGGAAGAUCUGGUUUAGUACCAGAUGAGUUCAAAGGAAGUGCAAGAACCAGAGACCAGUGUGUGUGGGGAAUGGUUGAAACCGGAGUGCAGGAGGAGCACUGGAACUGGGGCCCCGGUGAGCUGACGGGGAGUGCAGGAGCCAGGGCUCCAGAGAGUGGAAAUUUCAAACAUCUCCUGGGGAGCCGGAUGCUGAAGCAAUAGGAAUUCUGAAUGGUCAGAUCAUGGAUUAUUGGAGUUUUACUGUAUCAUUUUCAUUACAGAGGACAUCUUUAAUGUUCUAUGUUUGCCUGUAGCAUUGUAGAACUGGCAAGUGUGGAUUUAACUUUCCUCUCUCCUCUCUUGCUGCUUGGGUGGUACCGUGGUAUUGCAAUGUAUUACCUGUCACUGCUUUAAUAAAGGGCUGGCAUUUAAUGUGAUUUCAUUGAUCACUUUUCACAACCUCAGGACACCCCUGAGGAACCUGCAAUGUUACAGUCAAUGAAAUUCUUUUUAUUAUAUCCGUGGUCAAAUUAUUUCAUAUUCUGCUGGAUUGAAAAAAUGAACUAAUAA